UGAGGGUGUGGGAGAAACAAUGAAUAAGGAGUUUCUCUAAAGCGCUCCGAAUCGAUGUCAUUGGCAUUAUCGCGCAUCAAACAGCACCGGGACGCACUUCUGCCGUUGCGGGAUCUAUUAAAACUUUUCCAUAAGCAGCUGGUGACAGCAGCGGAUCUCAGGUGAUCAGGAAAUACCGUGUGUUCGUCCGGCCAUGGCCCGGCGUAUGUCGCCUGCUGUUGCUUUUCUGUUUUGUUUCGGAUUAUCGCAUGUGUUUGAGGCUGAAGCCAGAUUCCAGAACUCUGUGGCCCUCCACAGGCAGAAGAGAGAAUGGAUCGUCCCUCCCCAAAUCUUAGAGGAGAAUGUGGAUUACACCAAGAGAGAGUUCAUUGCAAAAAUUCGCUCAGAUAAGGAAGAUGUCAAACUGAGAAAUGUGAAGUACUCGCUGAAGGGCAUCGGUGCAGACCAAGAGCCGUUCAAUUUAUUUGUGGUGAAUCCUGAAAAUGGAUAUGUAAGGAUAACGGGGCUCCUUGACAGAGAGUCCAUCGCACAAUACAAUCUUUCAGGCGUUGCUACGUUCACAGAUGGCACAAUUGCAGAGAAUGACAUUGGGUUGAGAAUAAAAGUGAAGGAUCAGAAUGAUAAUCCGCCUGUUUUCGGUCCAAUGAUACCUGGCGAUGUAAACGAGCUCAGUCUAGUAGAUACAGCAGUGAUGAAGAUUAAUUGCUUUGAUGCUGAUGAGGUAGGAAACCCAAACUCUCAAAUCAAGUAUGAGAUUGUUGAGCAGCAGCCAGCUGGGGCGCAAAUGUUCAGAGUUGAUGCUGACGGGACAGUCCGUGUUAACAAUCCUAAUCUGGAUAGAGAGACUAUUGAUCAGUAUGUCCUGCUUAUCAAAGCAUCUGACCUGAACGGAGCCCCAGGCGGCAAUGCCGCCACAGGAACAGUCACCAUCAAGAUCAAUGAUGUCAACGAUAAUGUGCCUACAUUGCAAGGCCCAUUUGAGGCUAGUAUUGAGGAAAAUACAGAUAAAAUAGAGGUGAUGAGACUUAAAGCAAGUGACCUGGAUCUUAAGGACACGGACAACUGGGUGACUAAGUGCUUUAUUGCAUCAGGCAAUGAGGCUGGAUACUUCAGCAUUCACACGGACCCAAAGACCAAUGAGGCAGUCAUUAUGCUUGACAAGGCUGUUGAUUAUGAGGAUGUCAAAGACCUGAACCUUGGCAUUGGUGUAAUGAACAAUGCUCCAUUCCACCCCUCUGUGACUGGAGGACAAGAAGGAAUAAACAUAAACUUCGGUGGCAGCGGUGAUGGGGCAGGAGGAGGCGGCGGUGGCGGUGGUGGUGGUGGUGGUGGUGGAGGCGGUGGAGCUGGCGGCGGUGGUGGCGGCAGUGCAGGCGGUUCAUGGUCGAUGUCAGGGAGUCAGAUAUACAAUGUGAACGUAAAGGUGAAAAACCAGCCAGAAGGACCCAAGUUCAUGCCUCUAACAAAAGCCAUUGCCAUCUCAGAAGGCAAGACUUUUAACAGCAAUGAGGUCAUCGCAAGGUACCCGGCCACUGACACAGACACGGGAAAGGAAGCUACCAACGUGAAGUAUGUUAAAGGAUUUGACCCAGAUAACUGGCUGACCAUCGAUGAGACAACUGGGGCCAUUAGAAUGAACAAGGCUCCUGACCGCGAGUCCAAGUAUCUAGUUAACGGCACUUACUACGCCCAGAUUUACAGCAUAACUCAAGACUUGCCUUCAAAGACGGCAACAGGCACCAUUGCCAUCCAGGUAGAGGAUUUUAAUGAUCACUGCCCAACUUUGGCAAGCAAAGUCAAGACACUUUGUACUGAAAAGGAUGCCGUCUUAGUCACUGCAGUGGAUGAGGAUGCGCCACCCAAUGGAGCUCCAUUCACCUUCAAUGUUGUCCCAGAAGGAACUAAAGGGAAAUGGACAGUCGAGCAUUUCAACGAUACCACUGCCAUCUUCAGAACCCAUCAAAAGCUGUGGCCAGGAGAAUACGAGCUGACGGUGGACGUCAAGGACCAGCAGGGAUUGUCAUGUCCAGAACCUCAGAAAAUUCAGGUGGAUGUGUGCACCUGUACCGACCAGGGAGCUUGUGCCCGAACAGGAGCACAUGGAGGAACAGGAGCAUUUAAGAAGGGAUCCAGGUUUGGACCUGCUGGAAUCGGCCUUCUCUUCCUUGGACUCCUUUCAUUAUUGCUCAUCCCACUCCUGUUGCUGCUGUGUCAGUGUGGAACUGCUGGGCUGGCGGGAGCUUUCACAGACAUGCCCUUUGACACUAAAGAGCAUCUCAUCUCUUACCAUACCGAGGGCCAGGGAGAGGACAGGGAUGUUCCACUACUCGAUGUUGUUGAUCGAAGGACGAAUGUUAUGUCGAGAGACGUUGUGGGUGAUAUGUACUUCGCAGGAGGAGCCGGAGGAGUAGGAGGAGCAGGAGGAGUAGGAGGAGCAAGAGGAGAAGGCUUCCUGGACUCCUCUUCCACAAUGGGUGGCCGUGGCUACAAUGAAAUGGAAAUGUCCUACAUGGACUCGAUCAGGAGAAGUGAGACUCUUAGGAGUAGAGAAAUGGCUGGAGAUUUUGACGGAAUGGCCGUGUCUGAUAUGUUCCUGGGUGAAUACUAUUCACAGGUGGGCUGCUGCAGCAUCCUCGAAGAUAACAAUGACCUAGAGUUUCUCAAUGACCUCGGGCCCAAGUUCACUACUCUCGCUGAAAUAUGUGGCGGUAAAAAGACUGAGGUCCCAGCUCCUCUUCCUCCCAAACCCAUCGUGGACCAUACCGAGGUGUCUUCAUCAACCAAUGUUAUAAAUUCUGGAAAUAUUGCCACUAACAGAGCUAUAUCUUCAAACGCAUUGAAUAUAGCUUCCAACACGUCUACGACAUCAUCUACUCGUGUGGAGAACUUCCUUGUCACAGACAACCGGCCCACAAUGAUUACGAGCGUACAACCAGCUCCAACAGUCCUGAUGCAACCGCAGCCAAUGUACUACAUGGUCGAGCCACAGCCCAGCACGGUACUGCUCACUGAAAGGCCCACCAUGGGACAGAGCAUGUACGUGCUGAACAGCGGCCCUGUAGCCGAGGGGGUUGUAGUCCAGGGCGGCAACAUAGCAACGAAUACCCUGACCCGCGGUGAGAGAAUGGUGCUUGUGGACAGAGGUGCACCAGCUCAGGCUGGGAUGAUGCACACAGGUAAUCUGUCUGGAUCACAAGUGCUCCUGGUGGAUGGGGGAGCCACGAGCGGUCAUGUCCUUCAGGGGGGUCAAGUCCUUCAGGGGACGCUUCAGAGAGGGGUUGCUGGAUCUCAGGGCCUGAUGGUUGUGGAAGGACAAGGGGGUCAAUUGAUUCAGGGGUCCCUCAAAAAAGGUGUUUCCACUCAUGGUGGAUCUCAAAAUGUCCUUUAUGUGGAGAGCAAAGGGGGAUCAGGUGUGGGCCAGAGGGGUCUUCAAAAGGGCAUGGCGGCCACCGCAGGGUCAUUUGGUAGCGUCGGAUUGGGUGGGACAUCUGUCCAGAUAAGCCAAAAUCCAUCAUCACAUAAAGUCGUUGUCCAAGAGAGAAAGGUUGUGACAACACAAAGUAUCAAGUAACAACGAAACACUCAUACAGUACUUGUACAGUCGUAAAAGUGUUAGAGGGUUUAGAAAACUAUACUGUCAAUCAAGUCUUCAGAGCUCAUGCAUGCAAAUCAUUAGAGUUUCAUGUUGUCAACAUGUUAUGCUACAGAGAAUAUGCAAAUUAAUGCUUGAAAAACUGGUUUUUAAUGUCCUUGUGCGUACUUCUCCGUUUGUGUAGUGCACUAUACAUGACUUUCUUUUCCUUUCUUUUUUCCUUGCCUAUAGAUUAUAUGUUACUGUACGUAUGCAUUCAGUGUGUGCUCUGUAAAGACUGUUGUUUGCAGAAAAUAUGCACAAGUUCUGGUAUCCCUGAGGCCAUUCCUGUGCAGUUCAUGCAAAUCAGCUCAAAGCUAUUUUCGUAAAGUGCAAAUAUAUGAGAACAGCCAGAAAUCUUUGAAGUCUUUCAAAUUUUCAGAUAUCUGUCAGAAAUGUUUUUUUUUGUUUUUUUGUUGUUUUUUUUUACAGUAAAGUACAGUGCUUUAAAAGACAAUUUAUUAAUCACUUACAAAUCAAGUGAACUACAAUGUAUAUAUUUGGGUAGCCAUUUAUAAAAAUGUUUAGUGCGCUUCAUUUACCAGUACUGGUAUGGUGUGCAAUUUUACAGUAUUUUACAGUCCUCUUCUUAGUUACUGUUUGUAAACAAGUAGGAAGUCUGAUUAGUAAGUCUGUUUAGAAGCUUGUGGUUUUUCUUUGCAGUGCGGUUAAAUAAAAAGACCAAGCAAUAAUGAUUAUAUGUAUGAAAUUAAUGUUGUGUAAAAAUUUCAGAAUUGUUUAUAAAAAAAAAAAAUUCAAAACAUUUGUAUUUAAGAAUACAGUAGAUAACGCACGUUUUCGUUCUCUAGUCAUUGGAAUUUAAUGCUAAAUACUAAAAGAAAGAAAAAAAUACCACAGUUGUGGUGCUGGGAUUUUUCUAUUCACAGCUCUGGUUUGGUUAAAAAAAACUGUUAUUUUUUUAGAUGUUUGUUGAAGGGGUGGGCAGUGGUUUCCAACUUUCCCAGAAAUGGACUCAUUAGCUGCAUGGUGGGAAAGAGUUGUACUGUUUUUUUGACAGAUAAACUUUUUUCUGGGGUCAAUUAAAUAUAUUGUAAAGCA